AGCCCAAACGUCAAACUCCCUCCUCGCAAUGUCAAAAUGACCGUUUCAAUCCACACCGUCCAGAACCAUGCAGAACAUCAGUGUAUCCAGCUCGAAAUCCAGACGAACCAUCUACUCCAGUUUCGUGUUCCCUACCGGCAACAAUGAGAGGCGGUCGGGUGACCUCAAGUCCUCCAGCUUCUGUGGCUUUGCCGAAGAACUGAACGGCAGGCUCGCCAACCUGGGAAGGCACCAGGAUUCAGGCACGCAGACCAGCAAGACCAUCUUGGAACUGGCGCAGAUUGAGUCGGGCAGCAUGUCGCCAGAUAGUCUAAAUGCGAGUCCGAAGGCCAAGACGAAGAUCCUGAGGAAUACCAACACCCAGACUAGUGUUGAGGCGUUGGACUCUUCAGAGGGGUAUGCUAGUUGUGAGAACGACAGGGUCUUUGAGUUCGUCGAGAGCAGAUCCUCCCAACCCCCUCCCAACUCCGCCAACCUGGAGGAAGAAGACGACGACGACGACGUCGCCGGCGUCACCGUCGUCCGUCACCGACGCCCGAAGGAGAGAUGCGCCACCCCCUUCGUCGAGACCCACCACCCGAACUACGUUCCCGACGUCACCGACGCCGACAAGAGCCGUUCCGUCACCCCCUCCAACUCGUCGGAACGAGUCGAGACGGCCGGCAAGACGACCGCCACCACCAACUCGAGCUCGGUCUCGAGCAGCUCGCCGAGAUCGUCGACGCGAGGAGUCAAGACGACGACGACGCCCGGCGUCGUCACCUACAUGGCGCCCACGAUCUCGAGCGAGAACAAGAACGCUCAGCACGUGAUCAGGAGGCUGAACAGGCUGUUCGACGCGCCGAAACGCGGCAGGUCGUCGAGUCCGAGAUUCGCCGGGACGCCGGACGUCCCCGGCGCCAAGGUGAGCGGCGGCGUGCCGUACGUCGAGCGGAGCGUCAGCACGGUGAGCUACGACGCCGCCAGGUGCGCAAGGCCGACGCCCUCGUCCAAGUCCAGCAUGGAGGGUAGCGUCGGCGAGUCGUCGGUGGAUUUUCUCUACGAUAAGGAAACACUUAGAAAAGGAUCUGAUGAAAACAUAAUUUUAUCUUCCGACAAUCUGAUGAGCACCCCAUUAGCAAAAAUCAAGGAUCCAGAUUGGAACACAUGCAUUCAAGGCCUCGCCGAGAUCAUAGACUGCUGCAGGAUGACCGACCUGGACCAGAUCUACCCUCACAUGACCAUCAUCUACCAGAAGCUGAUAGAACUACUGAGGAGUCCCAGGUCGCAUGUAUGCAGGACGUCUUGUCAGGCAGCCGGCAACCUGUUCGAGUUCGUCAGAGACACCAGAAGACCGGAGUUCGACGAGGUGGUGGAUCUGCUCCUGUUCAAGACCGCGGAUGCCAACAAGUUCAUACGUCAGGACGCCAACCUUGCCCUGGACUGCAUGGUCACCCACAUACCCACCGCUCACGCCAUAAGGGCGUUGUGUUCCAAGGGACCCGCCCACAAGAACUACCUGGUUCGCACGGCCACCGUACGUCUCAUCGUGUGUGCGGUGGUGAUAGCUGGUCCGGAGAGCGUCUUGAACCCCGCCAACAGCGAGCAGACGAGGAAGAAGAUCUUCUAUCACAUGCCCAAGUUCGUCGAAGACAAGAAUCUGGAAGUGAGAAAGUUUGGAGAGAGGCUGUACAAAGUUCUGUCUAAAGAGUUCAGAUUCGACCUCUAUUUGAAAAAGUACCUGGACAAGGAAGAAGUGUUGAACAUGAAGAAAAACAUAAGAAAUAUGACGUUUAAAAGUUAGUCCCCCCCUUUUUUUGUGCCUCAUGCCAAGAAGAUAAAGUACGAAGCUUCACAGCUCAGUCUUGAAUAUUUCGGACUGUGCCUUAACCUAUACAGACAGGAGUUAGAAAUGAAGAACAAUUACGAUAAAAAAGGAAUAUAUAUUUCCACACAUAAGGACCAACAUCAUCAAUAUACUUAUACAAUAAUAAA